AGGUUCCCAUAAAAAAGGGAUUAUCUACACUGACCAUGAAAUACAGACAUACCAGAUACAGGCAGGCAGUUUUUUUUUCCUCGCGGCGUGUCAUUUCUAUUAAGAAGGGGCGCAAGAAGCGCAGUUUCCCUGGGAACAUUCUUCAGCAAGACUCCUGUUCCGGUCUCCGACUCACACAUGAUCUCACCUUUAGGCUUUAUCCCCCCCACCUCCGCCGUAUCUCCAUGGAAACUGACAGCCACGCAGUCUCACCAACUUCCUUUUCUUUUACAGCAGAAUACUCGUAGCCUCCAUCAGACUCACGAUCACGAAUGCUUCAAGCUUCUGCAAGAAUUUGCAUAGCAGUGGAAACUAGCUACUAGUUUGUACAGCUAGCCGAGGAUGCCACCUCUGGAUGCCUUCGCUUGCCGGUGACGGCAGGGGAGGUCGACAGCCGAACCGACAGGCCUGCCUCGUUUGCCGGUCAUGGCGUAACCGUAUGUCUUCCACGCGCAGGCGCCGGCAGUGAGAGCGGAGGAAUACAAGGCCAAGGACGCGAUGCCGCAGCAACAGGCGAGGGCUCAGUGGCCGGCCGGCAGCGGCGGCAGCGGCAGCACGAGCGCGCGUGGCGAGUGGAUGGGCAUUGGCUCCGGCGAGAAGCUUGCGAGCGCUUAUGACCUCGUGGAGCGGAUGCAUUACCUGUACGUGCGCGUCGUCAAGGCGCGCGGGGUCCCCGUGGCCGUGGGCAGCCCCGGCGUCGUCGAGGUCCGCCUGGGAAACUACCGGGCCACGACGCCUCACCGCGAAGGGAUCCAUGAGUGGAACCAGGUGUUCGCCUUCUCCAGGGAGCGCGUCCAGGCCUCGGUGCUCGAGGUGUUCGUCCGGGACAAGGACGCCGCCCUGGCCUCGGCGCCAGACUACUACAUCGGCAAGGUCGCGUUCGACGUCGCCGAGAUCCCCGUGCGCGUGCCGCCCGACAGCCCGCUCGCGCCGCAGUGGUACCGCCUCGGGAACGCCGGUGGCAACGGCAAGAUGGCGCACGUCGAGGCCAUGCUCGCGGUGUGGGUCGGCACGCAGGCCGACGAGGCGUUCGCCGACGCAUGGCAUGCCGACGCGGCGUCGGUGCGCGGCGGCGAUGGCAUGGCCGUGCAGCAGAGCACGCGGUCCAAGGUGUACGUGACGCCCAAGCUGUGGUACCUCCGGAUAAACGUGCUGGAGGCACAGGACGUCGUGACCACUGCCCGUGUCGGCGCCGGCAGCAGGCACGUCGAGGUCUUCGCCAAGGUGCAAGUAGGCGGCAUGACGCUCCGGACGAAGCCGUGCUCCGUGAGGAGCGCCACGAGCCUGUCCUGGAACGAGGAGCUGGUCUUCGUGGUGGCGGAGCCGUUCGAGGACCCGGCGGUGCUCAUCGUCGAGGCCCGGGCGCACCCUGGCAACAACAACAACAAGGACGAGAUCGUGGGCCGCGCCGUGCUGCCUCUCACGAUCUUCGAGAAGCGGCUCGACCGCCGGACGGUCCACUCGCAGUGGUUCAGCCUGGAGCCGUUCGGGCAUCCGCUGACGUUCGCCGGCCGCGUCCACAUCCGGGCGUGCCUGGAGGGCGCGUACCACGUCAUGGACGAGCCGGCCAUGUACGCCAGCGACACGCGGCCCACGGCGCGGCAGCUGUGGCGCCCGCCCGUCGGCGUGCUCGAGGUCGGCGUCCUCGGCGCGCAGGGCCUGACCCCCAUGAAGACCACCGACGGCCACGGCGGCAGGGGCAGCACCGACGCGUACUGCGUGGCCAAGUACGGGCACAAGUGGGUGCGCACGCGGACCGUGGUGGACUCGUGCAGCCCGCGGUGGAACGAGCAGUACACCUGGGAGGUCUACGACCCGUGCACCGUCCUCACGCUCGCCAUGUUCGACAACUGCCACCUCGGCAACGCCCCCGGCGCCGUCACCAGAGACCAGAGGAUGGGCAAGGUGAGGAUACGGCUGUCGACGCUGGAAAUGGACAAGGUGCACGCCAACGCGCACCCGCUGCUCGUGCUGCACCCAUCUUCCGGCGCGCUGCGCAAGACCGGCGACCUCUGCCUCGCCGUGCGCCUCACGUCAGUCUCCCUCGCCAGCGUCGCGUGCCUCUACGCGCAGCCGCUCCUCCCCAAGAUGCACUACCUCCAGCCCUUCACCAUCCCUCAGCUCGACGCGCUCCGGCGGCAGGCCAUGGGCCUCGUGGCGGCGCGGCUGGGCCGGGCCGAGCCGCCGCUGCGCAGGGAGGUCGUGGAGCACGUGCUGGAGGCCGGCUCGCACGCGUGGAGCAUGCGGCGGAGCAAGGUCAACUUCUUCCGGGUCACGGCCCUCCUGUCUGGGGCCGCCAGCACGGCGCGGUGGCUCCUGGACGUGUGCCACUGGAGACGCCCGGCCACGACCGUCCUCGUGCACGUGCUCUUCGUCACGCUCACGUGCUUCCCGGAGCUCGUCCUGCCAACCGCGUUCGCGUACAUGGGCUUGGCGGGCCUCUGGAACUACCGGCGCAGGCCGCGGCGCCCGGCCAACAUGGACGCGAGGCUUUCCUGCGCGGACACGGCCCAACCCGAGGAUGUCGACGAGGAGAUGGACACGUUUCCCACGUCGAAGCCCAACGGCGUGGUGCGGCUGCGGUACGACCGGCUGCGGAGCGUGGCCGGGAGGAUCCAGACGGUGGUCGGGGACGUGGCCACGCAGGGGGAGCGCGUGCGGUCGCUGCUCGCCUGGAGGGACCCGAGGGCCACGGCGAUGUUCACGGCGCUCUGCCUCGUGGCAGCCGUGGCGCUUUAUGUCACGUCGUUCCGGGUCGUCGUACUCGUCGCCGGGCUCUACGUGCUCCGCCACCCGCGGUUCCGGAGCCAGAUGCCCUCCGCCGCUGCCAACUUCUUCAAGAGGAUGCCCUCCCGGGCCGACACCAUGCUGUAGCAUGCGACUCGCUGCGUUGCCUUGAUCCAUUAUACUGGAGAAAUUUGACAAAAUGCCACACUUUUUUUUUA